CCAUCAUCACCCAGCAUGGAGCCGCGGUCAAAGAAAGCCUGCAUAUCUUGCAGAGAUCGCAAGCGCAAAUGUGACGGCGAACUUCCUUGCUCGUAUUGUAUCCGCACGCAUCACGAAUGCUUCUAUCAACAGACACGUCGCACGAGGUCAACUCCCCGAAAGCGCUCGUCGGAAGACCCCAGCAGCCGUGAGGGUCAGAGCUCCUCAACGGAUGAACGAACCCAGCUUCAACUUUUAGAGGCCAACUCACCCGCAGUCUCAGGCGAAACUCCCAGUAUAGCUUUGCCGGUGCACUGCUACGCAUAUAACUUAGGAUUCGACGCCGAUGUCAAUUUUCUUCCUAAUGUAAUAGGCCUGACAGAGCUUGUGACGAAAAGGGAGAUGGCUCGCCUUGCCAACGUAUACUUUGCUCAAAUCAGCCCAGUAUACGACUUCAUCGACCGUAUUGCAGUGGAGCAGGCUAUCAUAACUCGCUGGAAUGAUCCAGUGCCAUGGAAUGGGGUUGACUCCCUUCUACUUGGUAUUGCAGCGCUGGGAUGUGUGUUCGACAAGGGCAGCCACAUAAAAGGCUCAGAUCUCGAGCGGCAACUUGUUUAUAGUGCACGCAUGACUCUAGAAUAUUCAAGCCAGCUCGCGCAGCCUCAUGUGAACCAUGUAGUUGGAUGGCUACUCCGCGUCAUCUAUCUGCGAAUUAACAGUACACCACAUGCCACAUGGAUGGCUAGCUGUACACUGAUGCACAUGAUUGAAACCAGCAAGCUUCACUUCGAAAACGACACUGAGUCCAUACUUUUCCAGCACUCUUCUGAUUAUUGUCCUCCUGAAGAGCGCCGCAAAAUCUACCAUGUCGCUCGGUUGUUCAACAUUUGGGUUUCGUUAGACUUUGGUAAAUCGCAAAUAGACUUACGAGGAGCAUCGACCCAGCCGCCACAAACAAGCUGGACUACCGAGCAACGAGAGUUAUAUCUUGUCUCCGUACUGCUCACUUCCGCCGAACAUUAUUAUAAUCUGGGUGAGCUAGAGAGCGCACUACGUAACGUAUGUGAGCUACAACCAUCUCCUCCCAUGCUUCAACUACUCCAGUGUAAUAUUGCACUCUGCAUCUUCCGUCGCGCAAUUUCACUAGAGAAAUCACUUCCCGCGUGGGCGCAGGAUUUGAUCUUGGAUUUGAUGCGUACCAGCACCGGUAUUGUUGAAGGGCUAGUCGCACAGUCCUCGCCAUGGUGGCAUGUUCUGAACAUCCCCUUUCAGAUUGUGUGCGUGUUACUUUUGAUAGAUCGGCCACGAGCUCUGGAGACUCUGGAUGAUGCUCUGCGAACUCUUCACAAAGUGGCAACGCACUACGAUACACAGAUGGCGAAGGAGGCAUAUGAUGUGGCGUUAUCUCUCGUCCAGCAGCAUCGAGACCAACGGUCAGAGGCAUUAUCCAUUCUA